CUAAAGCAAUUUCCACGACACAAAUGUUUUGUACGCGAUUACUCACUUCCUGUUUUGCUUCCGGGCAAAUAUUUUUUUCAAACUAAACAAGCCUUUAGAAUAGAAAAUGACCAUGACCAUGACCAAUACCAUGAAAUCAUCCGCGUUCUCCUACAACUACGCGAUUAUAUGUCGCGUACCCCGAAGUUUCGCAGAUCGCGGAGUUACUUCGAAUCCAAUUGAUUACCAACGGGCGAGGGACGAACAGGCACAGCUUGUGGAUGUUCUUAGAAAAUGUUCGCUAAACAUCAUCGAGCUUGAGGACGAUGAAGAUUACAAAGACUGCUGUUGCGUGGAGGACUGUGCAGUCAUCAUAGGCGGCACUGCGCUCAUAACCCGCCCUGGUCUGAAAGUCCGACAAGGGGAGACAAAAGAAAUCAGAAGAGUUCUAAAAAAUGACCUCAAACUAAGAAUUCAAGAGAUCAAUGAUGGCUCAGCAACACUUGAUGGUGGCGAUGUGCUAUUUACAGGCAAAGAAAUCUUUGUUGGCAUUGGUAAAAACACGAAUGAACAGGGUGCCCAGGCGGUGGCAGAGGCGUUCCCAGAGUACGUAGUGGUGCCCCUGUAUAUGGAGAAGACCAAGGCCCUCCACUUGAAGAGUCUCUGCAGCAUGGCGGGCAGGCAGGUGAUCGCUAUCAGCAGCUCACAGUGCGGCAUGGAGAUAUACAAGCAAAUCAAGAUGCAGGCCCAGUUCAGCUAUGAGCUGUUGAAGCUUGACUCGGACGCUGCGGCUAACAUGAUCUACGUAAACGGCCACCUGAUUCACAGGACCAGGGACGAGAUACCGGACGUCUGCUGGAGUGUGCUAGAUGAGAAGAUUCUCAAUCCGCGCCAUCACACGAGCAUCACAGAGCUGGAGAAGGCACGCGUUACCCUGUCCAGUCUGGUGCUUCUCAUUCACAAGGAGAAGCGCGCGCGGAAACUCGUGUCCAACCUCCAGGACCAGGACAUGGACCGCUACGCCACCAUCAAGACUCUCAAAUAAGGACACUGUAUGGAAGUCUUGAGUAAUAUUAGAGCCUCAUUCUGGGAAAAUAGGGCUUAAUACAUGUGGGAUAAGUGUCAUCCCAGAUAAGCCUGUGCAGUCAGCACAGGCUAAUCGGGGAUGACAUUUUCCGGUUCAAUUGUAUUUUUCUUGUAAAAGAAUUCUCUUCUUAGCCAAAAUCCAGUUGUGAUGUAUAGCGUUGUCACUGACUGCACAGGCUAAUCUUAGAUGACUCUUUUCGCACGUGCAUAAAGCCCAGUUAUCUCAGAACGGGGCUCUUUAUUGUCAUGCGACCAUGUGAAACAAACUUAUUAAAUAUCUGAAUAACAAAGACGGUAGACUGUACAUUAAAAACAAUGUUUUCAUUAUUCCACCAAGGCUGUCAAGUGUGUGUAAAAUGACUGAAGGAUGCAGACUGUGUGUAUAAAACAAAACUGUUGUCAUUCAUAUUUGUCGUUUUCUGACAAAACUGGUCAUAAUGCAUGUGCGUAAAGUGUCGUCCCAGAUUAGCCUGUGCAGUCCGCACAGGCCAAUCAAGGACGACACUUUCCGCUUAAACUUUAUUAUCGGUAAGAAGGGACUUCCUUCAAACUAAAAAUACCAUAAAAGCGGAAAGUGUCGUCCCAGAUUAGCCUGUGUGGACUGCACAGGCUAAUCUGGGACGACACUUUACGCACAUGAAUUAAGCCCAGUUUUCUCAGAACACAACACAUAUUGUAAACAAGACACUCAAAUUAGUUGAGAAUUCAAUUCAAGACACAGACCGAAUAUUUAGAAUAAUAUAAUUAUCAUGUGAUCCUAUGUAAACGAAAAUCAUUUAGCUGAAUAACAAAUAACUAAAGACUUACACUGUAUAUUUAGAGUGUCACUUUCAAAUAACUAAAUAACAAAGGACUUGUGUUGUUUUGUACAUAAUUAUUUCUAUUCAUUUGUUGUGAAAUAACAAGUUGUGAAGCUGGUAAUUGUUUGGUGUGAUUUUUUGCAAACUUGUUCUUGUACGAUUAUGUAAAGUUAAGAUUUUGUAUACAAAUAAAUGUUUUUUUGUGAAUCAUGUACUUAGAAAAAUCUUUUCUUUUUUUUACUAUGUGGAGUUGAACACCCCUAUUUCAGGUUACUGCAACUGUACAAAAAAAAAAAAAGUGAUGUUCUGUUGUACUUUUUAUGAAAUUCCUUAUUCGGUUUUAUCAUACAAUAAUUAUAUAUAAUUUGUAAAUGUAUAUGCUGCUUAAUAAAUUAUAUUUUAGAGAUGUUAAAAAGCAAGAAACCCUGCAAUUAUUUGGUUUUGUAGCUUAUAUUUUGAAAUAAAAGCUUUAGAAAUAGCGGUGCUUAACUGUUAUUUCUUGUAAAUUAUAGUGAUAACUUUAAUUCACUUGUAGUUGUUUUGUUUUCAUAGUAAGUUUGUUGUGUAUACAAGCAGGUCAGGUUUGUGAACAGUAUUGUAGCUACAUUUGAAAAGGGUAGGGUGCUACGUUAUAAAAAAUAUUUUGAAUUAAAAAAGUGAAGUAAAAUUAAUAGAUGAGGUGGUUUUAAGAAAGCAUUUGAGGUAUUAAAAAAAAACUUAAUGAUGUGUGCGAAAACAUUCAUUAUUGACUAGAAAAUUAUGUUCAAUUUUUUUUUGAGAAUUUAUGUUCUAAUAUUGAUUUGGUCCUAAUAAUAAUAAUGGACUGUUUUUGACUUUUGGAGGACAACAGUAUAUGUAUUUAAAGUUCAUGUUGAAAUCACUGUAAUUUACUUUAAUUCAGACUACUUUCCAUAGUCAUAUAUUGCGUAGCAUGUACCCAUGUGCCUUUUUAACUGUGCCAAGCAACAUAUUAAAUAUUGUACUCUUUGUGGAUAUUUACAAUUGCUUUGUCAGGGAUUUGCUUGCUUUAACAGGAACUUAAAAUUUAUAUUUUAAACUUAUUGCAUGCAUACAAGAUACAUUUCCUUUGACACUUCCUACCAGGCUCCAUAUUUAUAAAGCAUGUAGGGGAAAACUUGUGAGAAAUCCUUAAUAAAGUUUAACACCUUAA